UAAAAGCAGAAGCUGGGCACGCACACUGCCCGCCUUCAGGAGCCCCUUCAACCUCCUAGGCCUUUCAUCAUCACUCUCCACCUGGUCACCUCACCUCAGGGCAGUACUAGCAAUUUUCCCCGCCAACCUAAGGACCUCCCAGGUCAAAGGGGACAAUAAGGUUUGCGCCUAGAUUCCACGUAAUAAUGCGCAGGGAGCCCCCGCCUGGGGCCCUCCAUUCUCACCCGGGAGGCCCUCAGAAGCAGCAGCGGUUGGGAUGGCGUACCUGUGCGAUUGUCACUCACGGCUGGAGAAGGGCUUCAUCUUGGAUGGGGUGGCCGUGAGCACCAUGGCCCGCAACUAUGAGCACCUGAGGCCUAAGCUCUGGUCAGCGAUUCCGCCCUACAACGCGCAGCAGGACUACCACGCCCACCGGUACUUCCGGAGCCACGUGGUUCCGCCGCUGCUGCGGAAAACUGAGCAGGAUCACUGCGGUACAGGAAGGGACGGCUGGAUAGUGGAUUAUUUCCACAUCUUCGGACAAGGCCAGAGAUACCUCAACAGGAGAAACUGGGCAGGGGCAGGGCAUUCCGUCCAUCAGGUGAGCGGGCAUGACCAGUACAAUGCUGAUCUGAAAGCUGUCAAGGGGUUCAACGGUCGGUUUGGCUAUCGCCGGAAUACCCCAGCUCUCCGCCUGCGCCCAUCUGUCUUUGGAGAGGUUACCCAGUUCCCUCUCUUCUAGCAGCAUAUCUUCCUUUCACACCCCUCAACCUGAAUUCAUAAGACAUGUUUAAAUGAA